CUCUCUCGUCCCUCACAGUUCGCCCAAAACCCAAAUACAAUCUGCCUGAGGCACUUUUUCCCACGCAUUUUUCCUGCGAUUCGAUGCCUCCGAAAGCCGAUGGAGCCGAAGACGGAGAAUACAGAGAUGAAGAUGAUGAUGAUGUGAAUAAGGAGACAGGCCCUGAGCCUACUCGUUACGGGGAUUGAGACCGCAACGUUUGCUGUUAUGAUAUAUGAAAGAUUUCAUCAACUUUCAUAUCAUUCUGAUCAGAAGUCAAUUCAGACUUCCAAAUCCAACCUUCAAGCAGCAUCUUCUGUUCUUCAUCAACAAUAAUGGGUACUCUUUGUGAUUUUUUUAUUAUUUUUAAUGUAAAGUUAUGGUUAUCUCCUUCAUUUCAUUAAUAGUAUAAAUUAAUGAUUCAUUU